GCUGACACUUGUAGCUAACUUUAUGUCUAAACAGUUAUGUUAAAAGGUUAUGUUUUGUAAUUUAAUUUAAAAGCAAAACAUAAAAACAUGAGUUCUGCCAGUAAGGUUGGUGAAAUCUUCACAGCUGCAGGCCAAGCUUUUAAUAGGCUGGGAGAUUUAACUAUGCAACUACAUCCAAAUGCCGAAUCUCCAACUGGAAAAUGGACCGAUGAAGAAAUUGAGAUGUUAAGACAAGUAGUCAAACAAUUCUCCGAUGGAUUAAACCAAAUAAGCGAUCACAUAAAAAGACGUACAGUAUCACAAAUUAGGACUGCUCUGAAGAAGAAAGCCUUUGAGGAUGCAGGUUUGCCUGUAAGGCCUGUGAAUCAGUCUGCACCACCUGUAUCAACAUUACAGCAAAGCUUGCAGGGACCAAUGAUCAAAAGUGAAGUUACCUUAAACAUGUUGAAUGCUGCUGAGUCAGAAGUAGAUGUAGAAGGGCUUCAUGAGGAGGUGAAAUUGGAGUUUGAUGGGGGAAAUGAAGAUGUUGCAACAAAAGACCCUAAUGCAAAACCGGCUUUACCAGGUGUAUUUUAGUGGAUUUACUAUUGGAAAAUGAAGACUUGUAAAUAGUUUUAAACUCAUGAUCAAUGAAAUGUGUGAAUUAAAUAAUACAAUCAAAAAUUUUUUAUUCUAUUACAUUUUUCAUUGAACUUGUGAACAUUUAAGUUAGUUUUUAGAAUUGUGAAAAAUAAAUUUGCUUUUUGUGUUGAU